CCAAUGAAAUGUCUUGCUGAGGCUGCAUGGCACAUGGGGAGGCUUUGAAGCAUGCUGACAACGUAUUGGGGAUUGCAAGGUAUAGCAUGGAUGGGAAUGCAGCGUAGGGGAAGGGUGUGCUGUUAAUCUAGUGUCAGUGUAUGGGGAGGAUUGCGUGGUACUGCAUGAUGCACGGGACAGUGCACUAGGAGAUCAGGGGGAGGCUGCAUGGUACAGGCUGGAGGGUAACGCAGCACACACAGACGGGUGCGGGGGUGGUGACUGGUGCCAGUGCAGUGCAUUGUGGGAUUGCAGGAGCAGGGGAGGAUGCGGGAGGUUUAAGGAUUGUCGCAGCGUGUAUGGGGGGGUGCGGGGCGCUACAGGCUGCUCUGAGCCGCAGGACAGAACGCAGCCCGGCCCGGAGCGAGCCUGGUAUGUAGCAGGGGCCGCCUCUCCCUCUCAGAGCGGGAGGGAAAGAGUUAACAGAACUCUGGGUCCCUCCCCUCUCCUGAUUGGCUGGAGCUCUCCUACCGUGAUUGGCUGGCUUCAGAGGGGUGCCUCUGACAUCACUGCCUUUGCCGGCCGCUGCCGUAAAUGUCCGGGCAGGCCCGCAAGUAGCAAUGAGGAGAGUGAUUGGUGUGGCUGCGGGCGGAGCUUGUGAAGUUACCGAUGCCCCAGGCCUGCGAUCCCAGCCCCUCUCCCAAGCUCAGCAGGGCUGGGCGGGGCCGGGACGUGGAUGGGGGACCCCAGAUCCCUGCUGUGACCUUCUGUCAGGCCCAGCCGGGCGUGUUCCUGUCCUGGCUAAGCGGAAUGCAGCCAGUGCUAAAGGCCUUUGUGUGUGGUUCCAUCAGUGGGACCUGCUCCACCCUUCUCUUCCAGCCCCUAGAUCUGCUUAAAACCCGGCUGCAGACCCUGCAGCCUUCCGUCAAUGGGUCAGGUCAUGUUGGGAUGGUAGCUUUGUUCAUUAGGGUUGUUCGCACUGAAAGCCUCCUAGGGCUCUGGAAAGGGGUCUCACCAUCCUUUGCAAGAUGCAUCCCUGGGGUCGGGAUUUACUUCAGCACCUUGUACAAGAUGAAGCAGUACUUUCUCUCAGACCGCUCCCCCACAGCCCUAGAGUCUGUCUUUCUGGGUGUUAGUUCCCGUAUAGUAGCAGCGGUUUGCAUGUUGCCCAUAACCGUGGUGAAGACAAGAUAUGAGAGUGGGAAGUAUGGCUAUGAGAGUGUGUAUGGAGCCUUGAGGAAUAUCUAUCGGACAGAAGGGGCCCGGGGCUUGUUCUGUGGGCUGACUGCAACGCUCCUGCGUGAUGCACCCUUUUCCGGCAUCUAUUUGAUGUUCUACACCCAGACCAAAAAAGUUAUACCUCAGGACCAGUUUGAUCCAGCACUCACCCCCUUAGUGAACUUCAGCUGUGGAAUCUUUGCUGGAAUCAUGGCUUCAUUGGCGACACAGCCUGCUGAUGUAAUCAAAACCCACAUGCAGCUGACACCUGAAAAGUACUGCUGGACGGGGCAGGCCAUUGCCUUAAUCUUCAAGGACUAUGGACUGGCUGGCUUUUUCCGUGGCGGCGUCCCCCGUGCCCUGCGGCGCACUCUGAUGGCAGCGAUGGCAUGGACUUUAUAUGAGCAGAUGAUGGCAAAAAUGGGGCUGAAAUCCUGAAGGACUUGUAGUGGAGGAGACUAGGCUAAGCCCUUCUCCUGCUCACCUAGAUCAGCUGGUGAGAUGUGAUUUCCCAGUUCUGUGCGGGUGGAUCUUUGUUCCACCAUGGUAGAGCGAUAACGAUUUCUGAUCCAGGGGACUAGGCUGCAAAACAUGCCCUCUCUGGCACAAAUGCAAGUAGCAGAGAGAAGGUUUUGACCUUGCAUCUGCAGAGUAAAGCAUCCCAGGAGGACCGUAUCAUUCAACUUCCUUGGAAGAUGGGAGGGUUUCAGUGUCCUACGAAGUACAUGGUUACGGUAAAGACCGUUGAAAGAAACCCCUUCAGAAUAGUCCUAUGUGCCCUGAGAAGCCUUUGCACAGAAGCCAGCUGAGGCAUUUGGGGAAGAAGUGAUUGGACUUGUACUACAGAACUCUGCAGCUUUCUACCCUGGUGGCAUGGGAUCGUAGACUGGGCACACCAUGUGCCAUCUGACACUCGUCCUGUUAUCUGUCAGUGUAUUUUGCUUCUGCACCCACGGGGAAGGCAUAGAGGAGAAUGCUACGAGGGGCACCGUGUAACCAUUUGUUUCAGAGUUUGCUUAAUGUAUUAAUACAUGUAUUAGAGUGAGAAAGGGGGAAAUGUAUCUGAAAGGAAUGCUGGGAAAUGCAGUUUUACCAUACCUUGCACAGUAGCUUUGAUGUUGGCUAUCAUAGCUGGGAACCUAACUGACAUCUCUUUUGUGGCUUGCAGCAAAGGCCUUUACACCUCUUCCCUUGUGCUUUAGAUUGUAUUUCCCACAGCAUGACCCAGUGUCUUGGAAGAAGACAUUUUCCACUGGCUUUAUUCUUUGUCUGUAGGCAUUUGUUAUGACUACCAUGGCAGGGCAAAAGCACUGACUGGCUUGAAAUAUGACUUAGCUAAGAGAGAUGGAAGGCCAGAAAAAGGACUUGAGAAAUGGAGUGUCUUUUUUUUUUUUUGAGAAACUCCAUUUGCAGCCUUUCUGUACCAGCUGUUUUUCUUGCACUGUUUAAAUUGAGCUGCAGCUUUGGACCAUUAUCCAGGUUUAACUCCAGUGGAUGCAAAUGCGUCUGUAAUAAAACAUACCAUGCAAGAA